GACAUUUGCUAAUGGUCCCUGAACUUUUGCGGCUGCGCCUGCAGACAAAAAUAGCGACGCGUUCCCUGGAGGGGGCAUGCGGCGGAAGCGGAAGAAGCGACUGGCUCCGGCGGCCGGGAGGGCAGGAACGGAAGCGGAAGUGGCGGCGGCGCCGGCUUGGCCUGGCCUCGCUGAGGGGAGGCGGCGGGCGGGCGAGAUGGCGGAGGCCGGGCCGCAGGCGCCGCCGCCCCCGGGCACUCCAAGCCGACACGAAAAGAGCCUGGGACUACUCACCACCAAGUUCGUGUCGCUUCUGCAGGAGGCCAAGGACGGCGUGCUUGACCUCAAGCUGGCAGCUGACACCCUAGCUGUACGCCAGAAGCGCCGGAUUUAUGACAUUACCAAUGUUUUGGAAGGUAUCGGGCUGAUCGAGAAAAAGUCCAAGAACAGCAUCCAGUGGAAGGGUGUGGGGCCUGGCUGCAAUACCCGGGAGAUUGCCGACAAGCUGAUUGAGCUCAAGGCAGAGAUCGAGGAGCUGCAACAGCGGGAGCAAGAACUAGACCAGCACAAGGUGUGGGUGCAGCAGAGCAUCCGGAAUGUCACAGAGGACGUGCAGAACAGCUGUUUGGCCUACGUCACUCAUGAGGACAUCUGCAGAUGCUUUGCUGGGGAUACCCUCUUGGCCAUCCGGGCCCCAUCAGGCACCAGCCUGGAGGUGCCCAUCCCAGAGGGUCUCAAUGGGCAGAAGAAGUACCAGAUUCACCUGAAGAGUGUUAGUGGCCCCAUUGAGGUUCUGCUGGUGAAUAAGGAGGCAUGGAGCUCACCCCCUGUGGCUGUGCCUGUGCCACCACCUGAAGAUCUGCUCCAGAGCCCACCUGCUGUUUCUACGCCUCCACCUCUGUCCAAGCCUGCCCUUGCUCAGUCCCAGGAAGUCUCACGUCCAAAUAGUCCUCAGCUCACUCCCACUCCUGUCCCUGGUAGCACAGAAGUCCAGGGGAUGGCCAGCCCAGCAGCUGAGAUCACAGGUUCAGGGGCUGUUGUUGCAGUGAGUGGCGGCCCUGGAACUGAUAGCAAAGACAGUGCUGAGCUCAGUUCACUCCCACUGGGCCUGACAGCACUGGACACCCGGCCACUGCAGUCUUCUGCCUUGCUGGACAGCAGCAGCAGCAGUAGCAGUAACAGCAGCAGCAGUAGCAGUAACAGCAGCAGUUCAUCUGGACCCAAUCCUUCUACCUCCUUUGAGCCCAUCAAGGCAGACCCCACAGGCGUUUUGGAACUCCCCAAAGAGCUGUCAGAAAUCUUUGAUCCCACACGAGAGUGCAUGAGCUCAGAGCUGCUGGAGGAGUUGAUGUCCUCAGAAGUGUUUGCCCCCCUGCUCCGUCUUUCUCCACCCCCGGGAGACCACGAUUACAUCUACAACCUGGAUGAGAGUGAAGGUGUCUGUGACCUCUUUGAUGUGCCUGUUCUCAACCUCUGAUUGACAGGGACAUGCCCUGUGUGGCUGGGACCCAGACUGACUUGGGGGUUGCCUGGGGACCUCCCCAACCUGACCCCUACACAGCUUGAGAGCCACAGACACCUGGCUUCUCCAGCCUCCCCUCACUGCACAGUUCUGGCCACAGCUCCCGCUCCUACGCUGGCACUUCUACUGUGCUCGCAGAGCAGGGGAAUGGAGCUCAGCCCCCACCACUGUGGAGCCAAAGUGUUUGCUUCUCCUUUUCUGUGGCCUUCCCAAGCCCAGGCUCAGCUGCCACCCAGUGGCAAGUGGCACAGAACUGAAGAGCUGUCAUCGCCACCCCCCUCCCCCCCAUCCCCGUAGGGCAGCUUGUCCAGCCUAUCUUGCUCACGUGCCAGCUCCUUCCCCUAGGAGGGAAGGGUUGGGUGGAGCUGGGCACAUGCCAGCACCAUCCCUAGCUUCUUUCACUGUCUCCUACCCCUGACCCUCCAGCACCUCCUGGCCCUCUCACGUGCCCCCUUCUGGGCCUUUAGCCCUAGAACCUGCAGGUGGUGGGGGUGGCUACAAAGAAGGAACAGAGGUCUCUGGUGAGGAGUCUGGGUGGUCCAGCCCUGAGGAUUGGCUGGACCUCCUGCUGCCCCAUAACCUCCUCUUCAUUUCUGCUUAUUCAUUUACCCUCAUUUAGAGCCAUUUGCGGAGAUUUAGAAAGAUUUACAGUAACGAAUGGAUUCCUAUAUAAAGAUUAUUUUUAUACUUUUUGCAGCAAAAGGAAAUUGUAAUAUUUGUACAGUGUUCAAGUGAAUAAAAACCAUGCCUAAGGCUA